AUGAUUGAGUUAGCCAGCAAAUUUCAACUUUUUAGAGUCAUCAUUAGUUUGGAGCAAAUGACCAAUAGGAAUGCAAGAAAUGUCGUCAAGAGAAUAUUUAAAAAGUUCUUUCAGAGAAAAGAAAAUCAAGAGCUUAAAGUAAAAAAUGAAUCACUUGCCUCUAAUUUUCAAUUGCAAUAUCAGACUAUUGGAUAAUUACAAGAGAGGUAAUUGAAUUUUGAGAAAAGACUUAUUCAUUAGAUAAAGUAGAAGGAAUUCUACAGAGAAACAAUUAAUAAGCUUUUAGAUCUUGAAAGUGAAAUUGAAAAUAACUAAUUGAAGAAGCCUGUUUGA